AUGAACAUGGAGGAGAGGCGAAGACGACAAGAAGAACUCUGCCACCUCUCCCUCACUUUUGGGGACGGGAUCCAGGUCUCAUCAGACCCGAGCCUGAUCCCGAUCGGAUUCGUCAAAAGGAAUGAAGAUUCCCCCUCAAUCACGACCUGCGCUUGGCUUCUUGGCCCGGACUACCCCACAGACGACUCUUACGCGAUUCCGAGAAACCGAAUGAUUAGCUUUGGAUCGGAGGAUUGUGUGCAAGUCACAUCAAAGAAGAUUCUCCCCUUUGGCUGCCCUUCAGAUGCACUCGUGGCGGCGAGGGGGGAAGAUAAGAUAGUGUUCAACUCACCUCUGUGUCUUGUCCUUGUACUGCUCGUCUCGAACCUCUCGGACUUGGACCUUCAUGCCGUCUUUGGUAAAGGCGAUAUUUUUCCUUUCCAUCUUGGCUCGGGUGUUCUUGCUCACAUCUUGCAUGAUGCUGUAGACGAUAUAUCCGACAACGGCAAUGACAGCGACGAAAAUGAGGAGGAGAAUGAGGGGGAGGAGGCUGCUGCCUUUGCUUCGAGAUCGGGCCAUGGUGUGCGGCUCGCGGUGCGGGAGAUGGUCAGGAAGAUGACAGGUGAAGGCGAGAAGUGGACAAGAUCAGAAUCGAUGAUGGUACUGAUGUGGGCGCAAGCUGAGAUGGGUCGGUUUCGGGUUCCAAUCGCGUGA